UUGUAAGAACAGAGCUGCUCAAAGAGAAAGCAGGUUCCUUUUUCUGCUGAAAUAUUCUGCUUAAGUUUGUUUAAUCGGGAGCUAAAACACCGAAGAGCAGGCAGACAACAGGAUGUGGGUCCAGACCGAAGGCUGUGCAGCUGCAGGGUGUGAUGGAGAGAGUGAUUUAUCCUCCGAGGACGAGGGAGACAUUCAGUUUGAGCUCCUGGAAAAACAAAGGAAUGAAGCCAAUCACAAACUGUCUGAGCUGGAGGAAGUCUCCAAUCAGCUCCUGAGAGAGAUGAGCGUACUGGAGCUCCAGUUCCAGAUUGAACGGUCAUGUAGGGAGAGUGCUGAGGCUCUGGCUGUGAAGGUUACCAAGGAGAACAAAGCCCUGAAGAGGAGGAGCCAGAUGGUGAUGCCGCUCAUCUCCGAGCUGCCUGAAAACGCGGCCGAUGUGACCUCUGACCCAGAUUCUGACCCCACAGUUAACAGUGAUGUGGAGGAUCUCGACGGUGGUGAGGAGACGCUGCUGCUGGAGAGUCAGGCCAAGAUCGCUGAGCUGCAGGCGUCAGUGGACGGUCUGCUGGCCGAGAAGCUGCAGCUGGAGCAAGAGCGAGAGGAUCUGAUCACACAGCAGGAUCUACUCAGGGAGCAACUUGCUCUGGAGGUGGAGGAGAAAGAAGCCAUACUGAGGAAAAUGAGUAAACAGAGCAAGACCGUGAAUAAAUUUAAACGAGAUGUGGAGGGUGACAGGUCGUGCCACAGGAAGGGAGCAGGAGUGUUGGCACUGACCUUCGGGCGACUGGGUUCGAUGUCUUGUCAGAUGUUGGAGCAGCAGAAUGCGGCCCACACACAGAGCUCAGUGACCGGCCUGCAGCUGCAGGAGGCCCUCCAGCAAAUCUCCAACAUCAGCACAGCGCUGAGUGACAUCCAGGGCUACUACCAGAACCAGGUAAAAAAGAGUGAGAGCAGUGUGGGAGAGAGCAGCGUCCUCUCGGAGCUGAAAGAAGAGCUGGAGAAGAGAGAGGAGGAGAGGAAGGUUCUGGAAAGUCAGCUGUCUGACGCCAACAGCACCGUCACUCAGCUGCAGGAAGAAGUGAAACAUUUACAAGAAACCCUGAAGAGGGAGAAUUUGACUCAUGAACCAGUGGAGAAAUCCCCUCCUGCUCCGCCUCCUCCUCCUCCUCCUCCUCCUCCACCACCACCUCCUCCUCCACCUCUCCCUCCUCCCUCUACUGUCAACAAUUCACUUGAUUUCCUGAGGAGCAGGAGGAAAAAUGGAGCCAGUAAAGAUGCAAACAAAGCAGCACCCUCUCCGACGGCAAAGGCAAUGGAUGAAAUGAUGGAGAGAAUAAAAAAAGGAAUCAUCCUGAGGCCCAUGAAAAAUAUUCAGGACGAUGACAGUUCAUGGAGGGACCAGAGGAGUGAAAACAGAAAAUCAGCAGUUCUGGAGUUGAAAGGAAUGCUGGGCAACAUGAAGGUCCAGCACCACCGCAGACUUCCAUCCAGGAGGGGAAUGGGCCGAAAUGUGGGGGAGGCGGAGCUGCUGCUGGUGCUCCAGAGGAGGAGGAGAGCGAUGGGGGAGAACCAGGACCCGACCCAAACACAGGACCCCCAGCCAGGCGCUCUGUGUGGCCCAGCAGCAGGAGAUGCUCCGUGGGCAGAGGAGCGCAGCGGCGUCCCUGUGCUCCGGAGGCUGAAGCAGAACAGGGAGAAGAGAGACUCUCGCAUCCGAGCAUCAGCACUGAUCAUCAGCCAGGCAAAAUUAAAUCAGUCAGAGGAAGACAUUGUCAUUAACGCUUGAUAUGAUGAUGAACUGCAGAAGUCUUUAUUGAGCUACAGGGAUGUUUUUUUCUGUUACUUUUAAGGAACACAUCAUGUGUUUGCACUGAAAAAGCCCUGCGUCUGUGA